CGCCCUUUUCUCUUCAAAGGGUUUUAGCUUGAAGCCCGAAAGUCUUAAACCCUGAUUUUCAUUAAAAUCUAAUGGCUUUGAGAGCGGCGGCGACGACGGGGAUGGCGGCUCGGAUGGCUCCGCUGGGUAUGAGGCGGUUGUUCUCGACAACUUCACCAAAUUCCUUUAUGCCGCCGCCAAUUACGGCUAUGGGGAACGGUGAGGGAACCCCUGGUCGAGAGCAAGCUCCUCCGAGUACUAACCUCUUUGUCUCCGGGCUUAACAAACGCACUUCCGUAGAGAAACUUCGGGAAGCCUUUUCUCAGUUUGGACAAGUAGUUGAUGCUAGAGUGGUGACUGAUCGAGUAUCAGGAUAUUCUAAGGGAUUUGGUUUUGUAAGAUAUGCUACCCUAGAGGACGCUGAGAAAGGUAGAGAGGGAAUGGAUGGCAAGUUCCUCGAUGGUUGGGUUAUCUUUGCAGAGUAUGCAAGACCUAGGCCAGAACGCACACCACAGAACAACAUGACAAAUUCAAAUGGCUAUAAUUCGUAUGGCCGUCAAUGACAAGAAUAGUUCCGGAACAUGCUUCGUCAAUUUUUUAUCUUGAUUGGAGACAGGAGACAGAUUUAUGACGGGGGUGGCCUAUGGUGUCUUGACAGAAAAAGAAACUUAAGUAUAAACUUCUAUUCUUAGACUUUUGAAUUUAAAUGCAAUUGGCAUGUGAUGAACUGAGGUCAAUUCCUCUUAAGAGUAUUAAGGAAAAACAAGACCGAAAGUGUAAUCCUUUGAAUUAUUUUUCAUGGACCUUCAUGUCUACUAUGAACUCAUUGCAUUUUAUUUGGCACUUAUCAUCACAGAGAUGAAAGCAAGCUGAGUCAAGUGCUUAGCCUUA